UCGCCUCUGGGCUGGGACCGGCCGAGCACGGGGAGGAGGAGGCCGGUCUGAACCUGGACUAAACCUGGUCCAGUCCCGGAGCUGGAGGACGGUCUCCGCGUGGACAGGCGCGGGUUUGACCGGGGACAUGAGGCUGAGCGUGUCCGCCGCGGUGCUCCUCUCCGCCGCCGCGUACUACGUGUAUCUGCCGCUGCCCCCGGGAGUCUGCGAGCCCUGGAAGCUCAUGCUGCUGGACGCGCUCUUCAGGAGCUUCAUGAGCGCGGGUGAGCUCCUGCACGGCCUGGGCGUCCUUCACAGGGUGCACCUGUUGAAUCGUCUGGUGUCUCUGGUGGAGGAGGUGCCGCCGCGCUCCAGCCCCGCCCUCCUGGUCACUGACUCCGCCCUCUCCGGCGUCCCCGCCCGCGUGUUCCGGCCGCGGGGGGGGCGGGCGCUCAAGAGGGGCGUGCUCUACUUCCACGGAGGCGGCUGGGCUCUGGGCAGUGCACGGAUGCGUUCGUACGACCUUCUGUGUCGCAAAAUGGCAGAAGAUCUCGACGCUGUGAUCCUGUCAGUGGAUUACGGUCUUGCUCCGGAGUCGGUGUUCCCGGCGCAGUACGUUGACGCUCUGUCGGCGUCACGUUCUUUUCUUUCCUCGGAGACGUGGAGCAGAUUCGGUUUGGACCCGGACAGACUCUGUAUCUCCGGGGACAGCGCCGGAGCAAACCUGGCCGCCGCCGUCACCCAGACCUUGUGCUCGGACCCGUCGCUCCGGUCGUGCCCGCGCCUCCAGGCCCUCGUGUACCCGGUGCUGCAGGCGCUGGACUUCCAGACGUCGUCGUACCAGCAGAACCGGGCCGUGCCGAUCCUGUACCCGCCCGUCAUGGCCCGGUUCUGGCUGCAGUACCUGGACGCCGACCCGCUCCUGGAGCCGUCGAUGCUCCAGAACCAGCACAGCGCCGCCCUCGACCCCGACACGCGCGCCAAGAUCAACUGGACCGCCCUCCUGCCCGCCCAUGUACGGAAACACUACCUGCCCGUGGGCGUGGCCGGCGGCGGCGACUCGGGGGCGGGGCUCGCUCCUGUGUUCCUGGACGUGCGGGCGGCGCCGUUGUUGGCGGACGAGGCGGUUUUGAGCCGGACUCCUCGGGCGUACAUCCUGACGUGUGAGUUCGACGUCCUGCGUGACGACGGGCUGAUGUACGCUCGCCGGCUCCUCGACGCCGGCGUCACCGUCACCAGCGAUCACUACCACGACGGUUUCCACGGCUGCAUGGUGUUCGCCCACCUCCCCAUGAUGUCAUCGGUGGGGAGGCGGAGUCUGGACGGGUUCAUACGAUGGCUGGACCAGAACUUAUGACCUGAAGUGAAAACAAAAAAGAGUUUAAUUUAAAACAACAGAAUUACGGGUUUUAUGUGAAAGAAGCAGGACCACGACAGAAAAAAUACAACUUCAUCGUUCUACAUGUGUGUUUGUGGUAGAAUGUUCAGCGGUUACCAUGGAGACACAAAGCACACACUAAGUUUUAAGUUUUAAGAAUGUACAAAAGUGAUUUAAAGAGCACAUUUUAUUGAUUUUUAUUGAGCACAUGUUUGAUUUUAGUGUUUUGUGAAGAUCUGUGAAAUAUUUAAAGAGACGUUUAUUAUGAAACAGGUUGAAAUGUUCCGUAUUGUUCUUUUUCUGAUUUUGUGAUCUGUUCUAGUGUCGUUUCCUCCUCACAAACCGACCCGGAGCUCUGUUUUGUUUCACUAGAAUCAUUUUUGUCGUUUUAGCCUCAUUUAAACUGCUUCACUCCUCAGCGCACCGACAGAAACUCGAGACUUUCUGUUGACAACUGAACUAAAUUAAAACGUGAUGAAGGAGCAGCGUUAGAACACGAGAGGAGGCUCCAAAAGACUCGACUUUACAGAACACUCCGUCUUUAAAAUGAACAAGUCCAGCUCUGUUUGUGACGAGGAAACAGUGGAGCUUUAAAACGGUUCUAAAAUAUUUUAUCACUGGAUUUAAAGAAUGAUUUUAUUUCAAA